GCCAGGGCAGACGGGGCCUCCCAGGUGGCGGGUGCAGGGGACUCGUGCGGCCCAGGUUGGAAGGGCCCCGUCCUCAGAGCCGGGAUCGGUGUGGGAAAGGCGCCCCCCUCGGCCUCCGGCGGGCCCACUGAUAACCUGAGGACAAUGGACGCUGAUGAGAGUCAAGACAUGUCCCAAGUUUCAGGGAAGGAAAGCCCUCCAGUGAGCGACACCCCCGAUGACAGCGACGAGCCCAUGCCUGUCCCCGAAGACCUUUCCACCACGUCGGGAGCACAGCAGAACUCCAAGAACGAGAGAGGCGCAGCCGGUAAUGGUAAAGUAGAGGCUCAGAGUGACGAAGAGAAUGGGCGUGCCUGUGACAUGAAUGGGGAAGCAUGUGCCGAGGACUUGCGAGUGCUCGAUGCCUCGGGAGAGAAAAUGAAGGGUCCCCACAGUGGCCAAGGCAGCAGAGCUUUGUCAGGAGCUGGAGGCAUCCGACUUCCUAACGGCAAACUAAAGUGUGAUGUCUGUGGGAUAAUUUGCAUCGGCCCCAAUGUGCUCAUGGUCCACAAGAGAAGCCAUACUGGUAAGGCCUGGUCCCUCCGGGACACUGUCCUCCGCGUCCCAUGCCUGGUGCUACGCAGUCACGUCAGCUUCGACAAUCGGAAACAAUGGCUGGCGGUGGCCCGAGGUCCCGCGCUGGUGCUGGAGCUAGAGAACGCGGCGCACACGGAUGUUGGGAAGCCUCACAAAUGCGGAUAUUGUGGCCGGAGCUAUAAACAGCGGAGUUCCCUAGAGGAACACAAGGAGCGUUGUCACAACUACCUGCAAAGCAUGGGCCUUCCGGGCACCCUGUACCCAGUCAUUAAAGAAGAAACUAAUCUCAGCGAAAUGGCAGAAGAUUUGUGCAAGACGGGGAGUGAGCGCUCCCUCGUGCUGGACAGACUAGCAAGUAACGUCGCCAAACGUAAGAGCUCUAUGCCUCAGAAAUUUGUUGGGGACAAGUGCCUGUCGGACAUGUCCUAUGACAGCAGCACUAACUACGAGAAGGAGACCGAGAUGAUGCAGACACACGUGAUGGACCAAGCCAUCAACAACGCCAUCAGCUACCUGGGGGCCGAGUCGCUGCGCCCCCUGGUGCAGACGCCGCCCGGCGGCUCGGAGGUGGUGCCGGCCAUCAACCCCAUGUACCAGCUGCACAAGGCCCACGGCGAGGGCCCGGCCCGGCCCAACCACGCCGCGCAGGACAGCGCCGUGGAGAACCUGCUGCUGCUGUCCAAGGCCAAGUCCGUGUCCUCCGAGAGGGAGGCUUCGCCGAGCAACAGUUGCCAGGACUCCACGGACACCGAGAGCAACACGGAGGAGCAUCGGGGCGGCCUCAUCUACCUGACCAACCACAUCACGCCGCACCCGCGCAACGGCCUGUCCAUCAAGGAGGAGCUGCCGGCCUACGACGUGCUGCGCGCCGCGUCCGACAGCUCGCAGGACGCCUUCCGCGUGGUGGGCACGAGCGGCGAGCCCGUCAAGGUGUACAAGUGCGAACACUGCAGGGUGCUCUACCUGGACCACGUCAUGUACACCAUCCACAUGGGCUGCCACGGCUUCCGGGACCCCUUCGAGUGCAACAUGUGUGGCUACCACAGCCAGGACCGCUACGAGUUCUCGUCCCACAUCACGCGCGGGGAGCACCACCUGCACCUGAGCUAAGCCCCGCCCCCUGCACCUGAGCGAAGCCCCGCCCCCGUCCUGCGUCGGGGCGCCGGGGGCGCAGCGCGGCCACCCGAGGCUGCGCUUCCAUUCCCAGGUGGUUUUCAGUUUUUCAUUUUUGUUUUCGUUUUUGUUUUUAAGCUGGUUGGCUGGGAGUUUGAGUUGCUUUUGAAAACAAGAUUUUUACUGUUAGAUGCAGGGUCCCAUCGGGAGCCCCCAGACUGCUGUUGGGCAACUGACUGCUCUGCUGAAAUCCCCUCGCCUGUGUCCCUAGCACCCCCCAAUGCCAAACGAGUCACCAUCUUCCGCGAGCAUUUUGUAAAACCCGGGAGGACUGGGCCGGCUCCGGCGCCAGCGUGGGAGGCACAGCCUGGGCGCGCUCUCCGGGCCGGAAGCGCUGAAGCAGCCAGUGCUCCAGGUGUGGCCGCGUGGCGAGCGCUGCAGGUGAACACACCUGGUAGGUGCCCCCUACCCAGCAGGGCCGGGACACUGCAGGCAUCUGCGGGCCGGAAGUCCCAGUUUCAUUCUAAGGUAUGGUUCUAAGUCAUAUUCUGCACAGGAAAGUAAGUUAUUGGGGACAGUUGUGACUGCAACCUGGGCAAAGGUGGAAGGAAGGGGUGGGCGGGCCUCUGGGACGCCUUCUCAGUUUCCAAACGUCUGGACAUCGCCCAGAUGACCACCGAGCCUUCGGGGGCUUCUCGGCAGGUGGGUUGAGCUCAGCAUCCUGUGGCCGUACCCCAAGACCACGGUUCUCUGCUUUUUCAUCCCUGUGCCUUUAAUGGUCCCCAAAGUCUGUCACUACAUGUUAACACCAGUCCUGAGAUUUGGACCUUCGUCCCUUUGACUGUCUCCAGUGAAGUUCCUCAGAAACCAACCCUCGGUCGGCCCAGUUCCGCGCUCACCUCCCAGCGGGGUCCCCCUGCCCGCAGAAGCCCAUUUUCUCAGAGAAGGCCCAUCCGAGACCUCAUGUUAGCGGGACGUGUUAAAUGUCCAUUUACUAGCGUGUUCUGCCUUCCCUUAGUCUCACUGUAUAUUAUUCUUGUUUUAAAAUCGAUAAAAAAUGGAUCCAGAAUGACCAUUUUCAGGUCAAGGAAAGAUGACAGGCACAGCCCAGCAGGCGUUGCUAACAGAACCGACCUGUUUGAAACUCGACUUCCUAUCGGAAACCGCCCCCCUCAGGACAGACCCACACGUGCGUGGAGAGGCCCGCGCGUGGCCCGCGUCCCGCGCCCCUUCCUGCUGGCGACGUAAUGGUCAGGGGCCUCACCUGGCCAGCGCACAGGUCAGUCGGGAAGCGUGCAGGCAGCACUGCAGGUGGGCCCCUUCCCGCCCAGCUGAGACCGUGACGGCUCCCUGACACCUCAUGAGGCGUUUGGGGAUUCCAUUCCCAACCAGGAAGGGCCACAUGGCCAGGUCGGUCCUGUCGUUAGGUACGGCCAUCUCAGCCAGCUAGGCAGGAAGAGUGUGCAGUCUCAAAACGGUCACAGUGUUAGUGUUGGUCUUCGCCGAGACCGAGCCAAGACAACGAACAUGACGACCCAGAGAAGCUGCACAGAGGCACGUCCCCAGUUACUCUGAAUCCUGGCCCCGCGGGGCCAGUGCUGUGGACAUUUGCGGCUGGCUCUUCUUUGCUGUGGGCUGUCCCGUGCUUUGUAGGACACUUAACAGCACCCCCGGUCACUACCCAAUAGAUGCCCGUAGCACUGUCAGCUGACAACUAAAAAUCUCUCUGCUCAUCGCCACAUGUCCCCUGGCGGGGGCAGAUCACCCCCACUUGAGAAACACUGCUCUAAGUGAAUUCUAAACCAGCCAAAGGUCUGAGAAGCCUUCCGAGGAUAAAAGCAGUGGAAGAAUCCACGGUCAGCAGUCUGGAGCCUGGCUCGUGUCCCUUUGGAGUCAUUUUAAAUUUUAUAUGGAUUACCCGCUGCGGUCUUCAGAAACAUGCCUUUCUCAUGUGCACUUGGGCCUUGUUGAAAGGAUGGAGCCCACACAGACAUCGUUCCUGAGCCAUGGGCGUCUUCGCUUGCAGAACAGUAUGGCAUUUUGAAACUGGAAGGAAACAGUUUGUCGUAUUUUAGACGGUGGCACACCGACGCCGUGACCGAAGGCCGGGUACAAGGGCCGGGCUGCCGACGGCUCUCAUUCUAAGGGCAGCUGCAGAGAAAGAUACGCCUCAUCCGAACAGGCGUGUUCUGGGUGAGAGGAGUCAUAGGUGUCCGCUUUGCUGGCCCAUGUCACCCGUGUCACUGGCCCCGUGCUUUUCCGCCCAGCCCACAAAGGCGGUGGGUUGGCGGGACUGACUUUUCCCAGCAGCUUCAAACAGAGCCCAGCCCCAGAACUGUAAAUAGAGGCUGCAGGACUUUUUUUUUCUAGAACGCUUCCCGCUCCCUCUCACUGCCUUUUAUAGCCAAAUGUAACUGUUUGUUUACACACCUUUUGUUGUGGUUUUAUAUUGUAACGGCAUUUUUCUUUGGAACAUUGUAUUUAAAUAAGGUUUCUUAUAAUGUCAACAAGUAAUUAAAUUAUGUUUGCAAGGUGGCCACAUUCUGUACCGAAAGCUGUUAACGUUUUUCUCCCAGCUGGUUAAAGUAGGAUUUUGCAUGCCCUUCCACCUUUUUGUUCUGUGGUUUGUCGUGCUGUUGGAUGGUAUGAGUGUGUUUUGGGGACCGUUGCAUACUCAAGUGCGCUUGGGGUCGGACACUCUCAUCGUGUUUAAAAUAAACAUCACAGGAAGGAGGGUCUGGGUAGCGGGUCGAUCUGUUGAUUAUGAUGAGGAUUCUCCAUUUAUCCUUCCUGCCCUUCCCCUGUCAUAGAAGCCCAUAGAAGCCUGGCCACCUGCUCCUGACCUAGGUCCCUCUGUAACGUGUACCUUAGAGCAUAGGCUCGUCCUAGUGGAAGGGUCACUAAAAAAAAUUGCUUUUUCAUUGCUUUGUCACCGAAGGGCAGAUCCCAGCACCGGUCACUUCAGAUCCCAGCACGACCCACUUCCAAUGUAGAAUCGACUGUGGAACGAAAUCUUAGACUCUUCAUUCAGAAAGAGCUACCUGCUACGGAGGUGUCAGUUUGGGCUUUUUGCUAUUUUUGUGCUUUUUUUAAAAAAAAAUUACAUUAUGACUCUUAUAGUGUCAUCUUCUUGCCCAAACAAAAGGCAAACGAAACGGACGUGAGUAGACAGACCACGAAGCAGAUCUUCCUCUGCCCUUCACUUCUUAAGUCCCAGCAAUAAUGAAGGGUCAGCCCUCCGUAAAAUCCAGGCAGCUCUCUUUCAGUGCGACGCUCUAUUUUUUAACUAUAAAAUGAACCAAAAUCAGACUUACUUAAGAUGUACAGGCAUCACAAAAGAAGCACAUAAGCCGUUGGUGCCGGGGCAUUCACUGUGAGCGCGUGUCACCAGAUAUCAAUAUGCAAUAUUGUUUCCAAUACUUUCUGAUACACUUUUUUACAAUGUCGUCGAGUGUGGCGAUGGUAGGUCCGAUUUGUUUGUAUCCGAUGCAGCCGUAGAUCUUCAGCUACCACCCCGGCGAAUACGUGUACAGGAUUGUAAAUGAGGAAACGCAGUUGGUUCCCAGCCCGCCUCUGUGAUGAUAACUUCUUUCUAUUUAGCUACGGACAAGGGGGUGUGUCCUGGAGGAACAGAGCAGCCUUUUGUACACAUUUCGAGAUGCUUCUUCUGUAGUCAUAGAACUAAUAAAU